CCGGUCUUAGAGCGCCCCCUGGUGGAGGCGUGGAGGUAUUGGGCGAGCGGGAGGGCCCUUCGCAUCCAGCGAGAGAGGAGCCACGAGGCGUAUCAUUAGAGAGCGGUGUUUGACCAUUGAAUUUUCUCAACAAGAUAAUCUCAUCCCCUUCGACUGACUUCUUCCACUGGGAUGCUGGAUAUCCAGGCAGAAAUGGGAUAUUCUCCUCUUUUUUUCAGUCAAGAAUAUGGAGGAUUGUGAGAAAAAGAUUUUGCCUGGAAUCCCUUUUCCUGAGGGAGCAUUGCUUGCUCUUGAAAUCUAGAUUUCCCUCCAAAUUUGUUUUUGUUUUCAGAAUAUAAUGCUCUUCUUGCCAUGAAACAUCAUAACGUGAUUUGACAUGAUUUUUAGUGCACCUCAGAGUACCCUAACUGUAGAUUUGAGAAGAAGCAUUGGAAGAGGAAUCAUAGAAUCCUAGAGUUGCAAGAGACCCCAAGAGCCAUCCAGUCCAACCCCAUUCUGUCAUGCAGGAACUCUCAGUCAAAGCAUACCCAACAGAUGACCAUCCAGCUUCUGUUUAAAAACCUCCAAAGAAGGAGACUCUAGCAAAUCAGCAGACCUAAAAGGAGAAGGAGGGCCAUUUGGAGCAGGAAAAGCAACCAGUGUGGUUCACCUUGAAUACAUGGCAGAGCAAAGAGUGUGGGGAGCAUCAACAGAAACCCAAGGGGAACCAGGCAAAGAAAUGCAACAACACUGGGAAAGUCAAUGGCAGGAUUUCUUGAAGACGCUGCAGCCCCAUCACACAAAAUGGGAAGAGUCAGUUGCAUUGGAAGAUGCACCAUGGGAAAACGCCAAGGCCUUCCUGAUCUCCUUCGAACAAGUGGCCAAAGCCUGCCGGUGGCCCAGAGAAGAGUGGGCAGCCCGGCUCCUUCCAGCACUGAGUGGAGAAGCAGAAGGGGCCUUUCAGAGCUUGGAAACCAGAGACAAGGAGGAUUAUGUGAAAGUGAAGGCAGCCAUCUUGAAAGGGGAUGCCCUGAGAAUGGAGAGGCAGCGCCAGCAUUUCAGGCAGUUUUGCUGCCAUGGGGUUGAAGACCCCCGAAAUAUUCACAGCCAACUCCAGGAGCUUUGCCGUCGGUGGCUGAGGCCAGAGAGACACAGCAAGGAACAGAUCCUGGAGCUGCUGAUCCUGGAACAGUUUCUGGCUGGCCUGCCACCAGAUCUACAGACCUGGAUCCGAGCCAGAGGGCCAGACACCUGCUCCCAGGCCGUGGCCCUGGUGGAGGACUUCCUGGUGAGCCAGCAAGUGGUUGAGACAGGAACAUGGCAGGAGCCAAUGAAGCAAGAACACAUGGAAUCCUUAGCUGUAGAGGAAGAGCCUUUAGAUGCUGCACGGGGACAGAUCUGCAAAGAAGCCAAGCAAAGCCAUGAUGCGGGGAAGAAUGUGCUGGGCAGUGGAAUCAAACGUCCAAGUCAGAGUAGUUCAUCAGUUACCCUCGAAAGACAGGGAAGGAGUCAUCAAGGUGUGAAAGAGGAACCAAUGGACCUUAUGGAAACUAGCCUGUCUUUGCAGCGAGUUGAGCAGAAUCAGGCCCAGCCAGACCGAGAGACCAUUGUCUGGCAAGUCCUGCAGGAGGAGGAUGGGAAGUUCAAUGCCUUGGAUGUCCAGAAAAAGCCUAUGCAGUUUCCAUAUUGUAUGUUGAAAAAAGAAACGAAUGGAAGGAGGGCUGACCAGGGAAGAAACUCUACCCAUUCUAGUGCUACCAGAAAGUUAACAGAGGGGCAGCCUCACCAUGCAAUGAAUGUCAAUGAAGCAUUUACUCUUUAUGACCCCAAAAACAGAAAGUGGACUGACUCUGAGAGACGGGCAACACAAGGAGCCUCUGAAGAAAGCUCGGAAAUUGAAUAUUCUUCUGGAUCUGAUCUGGAGGAUGGGAAAGGCCACUAUGUCACUCUGAAGGAUGGAAAGCGCCACCAUGUCAACUUCUGUGAGAAUGUGAUUGUGGGUAUGGCUGCUCAAGGAAAUGCGUCAGUAUCAGAGGCAGAGGAGGACUAUGAAAGAAGUGCGGUUCCUGACCAAUCUGGCAUGGAUGUGGAGGAGGUGAGUGCUACAUCAGAGAAAUGCUAUGUCUCAGAAAUCCCAAGCAUGGCUAAAUCAAAACUCCACACACAUCCUGGCCUUCUACAAGAAGGUGGUGAAAUCAUUGAGGAGGAAGAGCAGAACAAUAUGUCUUACAAUGUGAAUUCUUUGUAUGCUGUUCAGAAAGAAAGGCAGGAUAAGGAACAGGGCUCUGACAAUGACAAUAUAAUAACUAUAAUUGACUUAGAGACAGAUGUUGCAGAAUUUAAUCCAACAACAGAGACAAAAAAAUGUCACUCAUACAACGUAGAUGAUUCCAAAUUGGACUACAUGAGUUUGGAUAAUGAUUUGGAGUUUGGUACAGAUAGUCUCAUGUUGAUGGCCAGAUCUGUCGCUGGAGGGGAGAUGGUGGAAGGAGAUAAUGGUCGUCAGCCAUGGCAAUGUGCCCCAGUACGAUCGUCUGCCGAUAAAGAACCACCUAUGAAGAGGCGUAUGCUUGGUCUUUCUCAACCGUCUGUGUUCUCAGGCCCGCAGCGCUGUACGCUGCCACGGUCUUUGGCCACUGAGGUUCCAAGAGAAGAAUCUGGUGGCCAAAGCAGAAGGCGGACAUCUUAUGUCUGGGAGCACUUUGAUGGGCAUGCUCAAGACCGAUUGAUUGCCGUGUGUAGAUUAUGUCAUGCCUUUGUGCGCCUGGGCAAGGAAGGUGGUUGCCGCCGUGUGGGGACCACAUCCAUGAUAAAGCAUCUGGAACAUCGUCAUCCACACAUUGUUCCACCACGGAAAGAGGUCUGUCGGGUGUCCAUCACGCCACCCCCAAACCCAAUUGUUAAGGAAGUGCCUCAGACGAACAGAGCUGAGAGUGAUCCUGCAGAAAAGCCACGGGUGGAACCUCCAGGAGGAAAGAGUUCGGCUCCUUCAGGACAGAAGCAGUUGUCUGUACCUGAGACAUGCCCCCGCCCAGAGAAGUAUGCUCUACAUAGUGCAAUUGCUGCACGGUAUAAUCGUGCCCUUGCCAGGUAUAUUGCACAGUCUAUGCUACCCUUCUCAAUUGUGGAGGAUGAGACUUUUCUGGAGUUUCUCAAGGAACUUGCUCCACGCUGGAAGGUACCGAGCAGAUAUUACCUGUGUAGGAUUGCCUUUCCAGCCCUUGAAAAAGAUAUUAAGAAGGAGAUUCUGAAUGACUUGAGGAAUGCGGUAGCUGGAGCAGUGCAUUUUACAAGUGACUGCUGGACUAGCAACCAGGCUAGAUCAUAUUUAUGUGUCACAGCACACUGGGUAUCCACCCAAGAAGGUGUUCUGGCAAAAAGGACAGCAACUCUUACACUAACUUUGUUCUCUGAAUCGCACCGUGAGGAAAAUAUUGGGGCGAAGUUGAGAAACGUUGUGGCGGAGUGGCUCGCUCCACUGAAAUUGGAGAUUGGAUGUCUGGCUGCUGACAACAGGUCAGAGUUCCUGAAAUACAUCCGUCAGAAAGGGAUGAGUCACGUACCAUGCAUUGUGCACUGCAUCAACUUAGUUGUCCACAAGGCCCUGAGAGAAACCAGUAAUUCCAGGAUAAAGAAAGUGUUAGAGCUGGCACACAUUGUUUGCUCUCACUUCAGGCAGUCAUGCUCUGCCAUAGAGGCAGUUCGCUUGCUCCAAAAAAAGCACAAUUUACCCAAUCACAAAUUUAUCCUCAAUGUCCCUACACGAUGGAACAGCACUCUGUAUAUGCUGGAGAGAUUGCUGGAGCAAAAAAAGGCAGUGAAUGAAUAUAUUCAAGAGAAAGCAGGAGACCUGGCCUCUACUUUAUAUAUGCAGCCAGACCAGUGGUUUAUUAUAGAGGACCUGGUGGAUAUUCUCCAAAUUUUCAACGAGUGCACUACUGUCCUUAGUUCUGAGAAUGCCACACUUGGAGUUGUGUUGCCUGCGCUACACGUCAUGGAAUUUUCCUUAGAAAGAAACAUUGAAGAGAUGCAGAACAGACCGGGCAUGGCUGCCAAUCAGAAGGCCAUUCCAGCUGUGGCCUUUGCUGCCCAGCUUCUGGAGUCUCUGCACAACAAUAAGCACCUCCUGGGCAUCCGCACUGACCUGAAGUAUCUUGCAGCAACAUUUUUGGAACCCAGGUACAGAAACAGCAUCCGAGAUCGACUCCAGAGCACUGGGAACAAUCAGUUCUGGUCCCUGCAAGAAUACAUUAUUAAAAAAAGUGUGCACUUCUACAAGAAGCUGCACAAUUCAACUGGCCGAGCCAUGGCUGACCACGGCCUGCCCUCUUAUGCCUUUCCCUCUGUGGUGCCUAGAAACCCAGAUGCAGUGAUCCAGCCUAGAAAACAACUUCAAAAUAAGGGAAGUCCAGUGGGAAGUUCUGCACCUUGUCACCAAAUGGCUGAAAGAUCUCGCUUCCACGACUUGAUCUUGGCAACAGGCUAUGCUGUGGAGACAGAUGAGGAUGCCCAGUUUGAUAACCAGAUGGCUACAGAGCAGGACGCCUACCAGGUGGCAAGGCAAGAACUGGAUGCAUAUAUUCGUGACAUCUUCCCAGCGCGAAUCUGUCGUCCGCAGGCGAACCCAAUUGCCUAUUGGGAUGAGAAGUUCACCAUUUGGCCUUCUUUGGCUCGGGCUGCUAUUUGGCACAUCUGCAGCCCGCCCUCCAGUGUUCCCGCUAAACGUCUUUUCUCUACAACUGGAAAUAUAGUCACCAAACUGAGAACGAGAUUCGCUCCCAAACACGUUACACGGAUGGCAUUCCUACGAGCCAACAGGGCAUGGAUACCCCAGAACCACAUCUUUCCCCCCUGCAGAGAUGAUAUUCCUUCAGGUAAAGAUGGGCAGGAUCUGAGUGAUGAGGGGGAUACUGAUGAAGAAAUAUCCCUGGGAGACUGGGAAGCUGGAGACUCGGACAUUGAUCUUGAGUGAAUGCCUGCAGCAGCAGGUAUACACGCCAUACACCCUCCGAUUAAUGAUAAUUUCAAAGAUACAUACAUACAUAGGUGGAGUCCGGGCCUUGAUCCCAUUAGUGACAUUAUUCUGUUUUGGACUUCAGCUCCUAGAAGCUGCAGCCAUCUUGAUCAAUAGAGAUCCUGAGAGCUAAAGUUCAAAAUACCUGGAAGGCAAGAGUUUGGGAAUCACUGCUCCAGGGCACAGGAGGCAUUCUGGCCGUGUUUGUAGGUUCCUGGCCAUUAUAGGCCUUUUUGAAAAGCCUUUAAAAAGCCAACACAAAAUGAAUGGUCAGGAUAUCUUUCAGCUUUAUUUGCUUUCCCUCUGCUACUGCUGUUACACACCAAGAAGCAGGGACGUAGCCAGGAUUUUGGGAAGAGGGGAUCCAGACUAAGUGCCACCAUUUUGAGAUGCUAAGAGCCCCCCCCCCCAGACACAAAAUGUAGGAAAAAUGUAGGACAUGAUGCAC